AUGGCUGAGAACGGGAAUGAGACCGGAGCACCACCGGCGCUGCAGAAGAGCAGUGAGGAGCAGCAGAGCGUGGUGGAUCGAGUGGUGAAUCUGCCCCUGCUCAGCUCUGCCUAUGGCAUGAUGUCCGCGGCGUAUUCCAACACCAAGGAGAGCCACCCGUACCUGCGCUCGAUGUGCAGCGCGGCCGAGAUGGGCGUGAAGACCCUGGGGGCCGCUGCCGCUACUGGCUCCAAACCCUUCCUGGACAAGCUUGAACCCCAGAUUGCCACAGCUAAUGAAUACGCCUGCAUGGGGCUGAAUAAACUGGAGGAGACGCUUCCGAUCCUGCAGCAGCCCACCGGGAAGGUGGUGGCUGACACGAGGGACUCGGUCACUCACACUAUGUUUGGAGCGAGGGACUCUGUGACCAGUAGUGUGGCUGGUAUGGUGGACAUGGCGAAGGGCGCGAUCUGGGGCGGGGUUGAGAUGACCAAGGCGGCGGUCAGUGGAGGGGUCAAUACUGUCAUGGGGUCAAGGGUUGGUCAGAUGGUGUCGAGCGGCAUGGAGCUGGCACUCAGCAGAUCAGAGGAGUGGGCAGAACACUACCUUCCCAUGACUCAGGAGGAGCUGGGUGAGUGAACGAGAGCGAAUCACGUAGUGUGUUUAAAUCCUGACCAGUAGAAAUGUGUGAUUUACAUUGAAGCAGACUGGACCCUGGUAACCCACUGCAUGUAGUGUAUCUGUGAAGACCUGCAGACUCUCUUCACUGAAAGAUGAAGCUGAGUGGAUUCCACCCAGCUGUUCCCAUCUUGCUCUGACUGCACCUGAACCUGCUUUAUUAUUUAGAAACUGUAGUCUUCAUGGUAUGUCCUAAUUUAAUAAAGCACUUUGAUGUUAUUUUGUUGCACUUGUGGAAAUCUGAUCCUUUCAAUUAUGCAGAUGAU